AGUUAUGAACCUCCCCAUGAAAGGAAUGAAUCUCCAGCUACUUGCGCUUGUCCUAAUCCUCUGGACAGAAACACUGGCCUAUCAGAGCCCAGGACCAGGCCCUGAGUAUGCAGAUGUGGUGUUCCUGGUGGACAGCUCUGACUCCCUGGGGAGUAAGUCCUUCCCGUUUGUGAGAACUUUUCUCAGCAAGAUGCUCAACAGCCUACCCAUAGAGGCCAACAAGUACCGGGUGGCGCUGGCCCAGUACAGCGAUUCCCUCCACACUGAGUUCCAGCUCAGCACCUUCAAGAGCAGGAACCCCAUGCUGAACCACCUGAAGAAGAACUUUGGGUUCAUCGGUGGGUCCCUGAAGAUAGGGAACGCCCUGCAGGAGGCUCACAGGACCUAUUUCUCUGCUCCCACAAAUGGAAGAGACAAGAAACAGUUCCCUCCAAUCCUGGUGGUGCUGGCUUCAGCCGAGUCUGAGGACGAUGUGCAAGAGGCUUCGAAGGUCCUGCGAGAGGAUGGGGUGAAAAUCAUCUCUGUGGGGGUGCAGAAGGCUUCUGAGAAAAACCUGAAGGCCAUGGCCACAUCCCAGUUGCAUUUCAACCUCAGGACUGCCAGAGACCUCAGUGUGUUUGCCCCAAACAUGACACAGAUCAUCAAGGAUGUAACUAAGUACAGGGAAGGAACAAUUGUGGCCCCAAUCACACCUGUUGCCCCAUUCACACCUGUGGCCCCAAUCAGAGCUGUAGCCCCAACCACAUCUGCAGCCAAUGCUGAUGAGACAGUUCCCCUUCCCAUAUCCUGUCAGAAAGACUCCCUUGCCGACAUUAUAUUCUUGGUGGAUGAGUCAGUCGGGACCACACAAAAUCUGAGGAACCUGCAGAACUUCCUGGAGAAUGUCACCAGCUCUGUGGAUGUGAAGGACAAUUGCAUGCGACUUGGACUGAUGAGCUACAGUGACAGGGCUCAGACUAUUUCUUCUCUGAUGUCAAGCACCAACCAGUCAGAAUUCCAGCAGCAAAUCCAGAAGCUCUCCCUCCGGACUGGGGGGUCUAACCUCGGGGCGGCCAUUGAGCAGAUGAAGAAAGAAGGUUUCUCAGAGUCCAGCGGCAGCAGAAAGGCACAGGGGGUCCCUCAGAUUGCUGUGCUGGUCACCCACAGACCAUCCGAUGACGCUGUGCGGGAUGUCGCGAUGGACCUUCGCUUGGAGGGCGUAACCAUGUUUGCGAUGGGCAUCCAAGGGGCCAACAGCACACAGUUAGAAGACAUAGUGUCUUACCCUGCCGGGCAGAGCAUUUCCACACACAGCUCCUACGAACACUUGGAAUCAUACAGCGAGACCUUCCUGAAGAAGAUCCGCAAUGAAAUCUGGGCCCAGGUCUCUACUCACGCAGAACACGUGGAGCUGGAUAAAACUGGCUGUGUGGAUACAAAGGAGGCUGAUAUCUACUUCCUCAUUGAUGGCUCAGGCAGCAUAAACAAGAAACAAUUUGAGCAAAUCCGGAUAUUUAUGUCAUCUGUGAUAGACAUGUUCCCCAUCGGUCCUGACAAAGUCCGAGUUGGAGUCGUGCAAUAUUCAGAUAUAAAUAAAGUGGAAUUUCCCAUUUCUCUCUACAUGGAUGGCAGUGACUUGAAGAAGGCUGUUUUUAACAUCAAGCAGCUCAAAGGUGGUACAUUCACUGGCAAAGCCCUGAAUUUCAUCCUGCCAAUAAUAAAGACGGGAAAGUCAGAGAGGAUAGAUGGCGUCCCCUGUUACCUCGUUGUCCUGACUGACGGGAAGUCAGAAGACCCCGUUCUCGAACCUGCCAACAGACUGAGGGCUGAAAACGUCUCCAUCCAUGCAGUGGGGAUUGGCGAGGCGAAUAAGACACAGCUGCAGCAGAUUGCUGGGGAAGCGGAAAGGGUUAACUUCGGGCAGAAUUUUGAUUCUCUGAAGAGCAUAAAAAAUGAAAUUGUUCGCAGCAUCUGCUCCAACAAAGGGUGUGAAGACAUGAAGGUGGACAUCAUGUUUUUGGUGGACAGUUCUGGAAGCAUAGGGCCUACAAAUUUUGAGAAAAUGAAAAUGUUCAUGAAAAGUCUGGUAGGGAAGAUGCAAAUUGGUGCCCACAGAACCCAAGUUGGUCUUGUUCAGUUCAGUGAUUACAAUAAGGAAGAAUUCCAGCUUAACAGAUACUCCACACGUGAAGAAAUUUAUGCCCAGAUAGACGGGAUGGCUCCCAUCAACAGAAACACUCUUACCGGAAGCGCGCUAACCUUUGUGAACCAAUACUUUGACCCUGCCAAGGGGGGCCGCCCCCAGGUCAAAAAGUUUCUCAUCCUCCUCACCGACGGAAAAGCCCAGGAUGAAGUGGGGGCUCCUGCCAGGGCUCUCAGGAACAAAGGUGUGACCAUCUUCUCCGUGGGUGUGUAUGGGGCCAAUAGGGCUGAGCUGGAGGAGAUCAGUGGGGACAGCAGCCUGGUUUUCCACGUUGAGAACUUUGAUCAUCUGAAGGCCAUAGAGAGUAAACUCAUCUUCCGAGUGUGUGCUCUACAUGAUUGCAAGAGGAUCGAACUCUUAGACAUUGUGUUCGUGCUGGAUCAUUCAGGCAGCAUAAAUCCCCAACAGCAAGAAAGCAUGAUUAACCUCACUAUCCACCUGGUGAAGAAGGCAGACAUUGGCAGGGACCGAGUUCAGUUUGGAGCUCUCAAAUACUCCAACAACCCUGAGAUCCUUUUCUACCUUAACACACACUCAAGCAGAUCGGCCAUCAUCGAUCACCUGAGGCGGCCCCGGGACACUGGAGGGGAGACCUACACCGCCAAGGCUCUCCAGCACUCCAACAUCCUAUUCACGGAAGAGCAUGGCAGCCGCCUGAAGCAAAACGUGAGGCAGCUGAUGAUUGUCAUCACAGACGGCGUGUCCCACGACCGCAAUAAGCUCAACGACACAGCACGGGAACUGAGGGACAAAGGCAUCACCAUCUUUGCGGUCGGCGUGGGAGCCGCCAACCAAGAUGAACUGGACACCAUGGCAGGGAAGAGAGAAAAUACUGUCCACGUAGACAAUUUCGACAAACUGGGAGAUAUUUACCAGUCCCUGCAAGAGACUCUGUGCAAUAAUUCACAAGAGACCUGUAACCUUCAGGAAGCUGACGUGAUUUUCCUUUGUGAUGGCUCUGACAUGGUGUCUGAUUCGGAGUUUGUUACCAUGACAACUUUCUUGUCAGACUUAAUUGAUAAUUUUGACAUUCAGUCUCAAAGAAUGAAAGUAGGGAUGGCUCAAUACGGGAGCCUGUAUCAGGAAAUUAUCGGGUUGGAAAGCUCUCUGAACAAGACUCAGUGGAAAUCUCAGAUCCAAACUAUGGCCAAGAGCAAAGGGUUUCCACGAAUUGACUUUGCUCUAUUGCACGUGAAACACAUGUUUGAUCCGUCUGUCGGUGGGAGAAGAAACGCUGGUGUUCCUCAGACUUUGGUGGUCAUCACAUCUGCUUCUCCCCGCUACGAUGUGACAGACGCAGUGAAAGUCCUGAAAGACCUUGGCAUUUGUGUGCUGGCUUUGGGCAUCGGAGAUAUUUAUAAGGAACAACUUCUUCCUGUCACAGGAAAUUCGGAAAGAAUAAUUACUUUCCAAGACUUUAAUAAACUAAAGAAUGUGGAUGUGAAGAAGAGAAUGGUCCGUGAAAUCUGCCAGAGCUGUGGAAAAGCCAAUUGCUUUGUGGAUGUAGUGGUCGGGUUCGACCUUUCCACUCAUCGCGAGGGCCAGCCUUUGUUCCAGGGCCACCCACACUUGGAAUCAUACCUCCCAAGGAUCUUAGAGGCCAUCACCUCUAUCAGAGGGGUGAGCUGUGGCGCAGGUGCGGAGGCGCAGGUGAGCCUGGCCUUUAAGGUGAACAAUGACCAAGAGUUCCCAGCCAAGUUCCAAAUCUACCAGAAAGCGGUGUUUGAUGAUCUGCUGCAAGUCACCGUCCAUGGGCCGACUCAUCUGAACGCACAGUUCUUGCAGUCGCUCUGGGACGUGUUUGAGGAGCGAUCGGCCUCCAGGGCCCAGGUGAUGCUUAUUUUCUCAGACGGUCUCCAGGGCGAAAGUGUCACCAUGCUGGAGCAGCAGUCGGACAGGCUCCGAGAAGCAGGACUUGAUGCUCUUUUGGUGGUGUCCCUGGACACAUUGACUCCUGAUGAGUUUCCCAGCUUUGGAUUUGGACAAGGAUUCGACUACAGGACUCACCUGACCAUUGGAAUGAUGGACCUGGGCAAGAAGCUUUCCCAGUAUCUGGGAAACGUCGCAGAGAGGGCUUGUUGCUGUACGUUUUGUAAAUGUCCGGGGAUUCCUGGACCUCAUGGAACCCGGGGACUUCAAGGCUCAAAGGGUUUUUCGGGUCUGAAAGGCAGCAGAGGACACAGAGGAGAGGACGGAGAUCCUGGAAGGCGAGGAGAAAUUGGGCUUCAAGGAGACAGAGGGACCAGGGGAUGUCCGGGGACUCAAGGUCAAAAGGGAGUGAAAGGAUUUGCUGGAGCUCAGGGAGAGCACGGAGAAGAUGGGCUUGAUGGGCUGGAUGGAGAAGACGGAUUUUAUGGACUUCGUGGGGGAAAGGGAGAAAAAGGUGACCCUGGUUCUCAGGGCAGCCCAGGUCUCAGAGGCGCCCCCGGGGAAGAUGGAGAGACAGGCUUCCCAGGAGAUCGCGGUAACCCAGGACGAGACAGCAUGGUCAAAGGCGAGAAGGGCACCAAAGGAGAAUGGGGAAGACAAGGGAGACCAGGGCAGAAGGGGACAGAAGGCAGCCCUAGCUCCAGAGGAAGCAGGGGAGUGGAAGGCCGGAGAGGGCCCCAGGGUCCCUUGGGAGAAGCAGGAAACCUGGGGCCUCAAGGUGCACAGGGACCCGAAGGACCACAAGGCCCACAGGGGUCGAGCGGAAAUCGUGGUGGGAAAGGAGAAACAGGAAGUCAAGGGUAUCCAGGACCUCAGGGUUCUCCUGGGCCCAUAGGACCUAGAGGGAGCAUUGGAAGACCUGGAUUUGGGGGGAGAAAGGGGGAACCUGGAAUUCCUGGAAGCCUGGGGCCAGCAGGGACUCCUGGACAUCGAGGAGAACAGGGAGAUUACGGCAUCCCAGGCUACGGUCAGAUGGGACGAAAAGGAAUUAAGGGCCUGACAGGACUCCCUGGGGACCCAGGGCAGAAGGGUGAUGCUGGAGAUCCUGGAAUUCCUGGGGAGCCUGGACCCAAAGGAUUCAAGGGAUUGAUUCUCUCUCAUGGCUUGAAAGGCGAGAGUGGACUUCAGGGGUCUCAAGGCCCUCCGGGACGGAGAGGUCCUAAAGGCACAGCAGGGCAACCUGUGUAUUCCUCCUGUGAACUGAUCCAGUUCCUUCGGAAACACAGUCCCUGUUGGAAAGAAAAGUGUCCCGUGUACCCAACAGAGCUGGUAUUUGCUCUGGACCAGUCCUCUGGUGUCACAGAAAGGAGGUUUAAUGAAACGAGAGACAUCGUCACUUCCAUUGUGAAGGACCUUGACGUCAGGGAAACCAACUGCCCGGUGGGCGCACGGGUGGCAGUGGUUUCCUACGACUCAGACACCGGCUAUCUCAUCCGCGGGUCUGACUACCGCAGCAAGGGGCAUCUCCUGCAGCUUCUCUCCCAGAUAAAAUACCAAGCCCCCCAGAAGGCCGGGGACAUUGGCAGCGCAAUGAGGUUUGUGGCCCGCAACGUCUUCAAGCGCACGUCUCCGGGAACCAACGCCAGGAGAGUUGCCGUGUUCUUCAGCAAUGGCCAGGCAGACAAUAGAGGGUCCAUCCUCACGGCCGCCAUGGAACUCAGCGCCCUGGAUAUCAGCCUUGCGGUCUUUGCUUAUAACGAAGGAGUUUUCCUUGACGAGGCUUUUGGGUUUGAUGACACUGGGACAUUUCAAGUGAUUCCGGUUCCUCCACUUGGAGAUUACGAGCCACAGGAAAUGCUUCGACGCUGCACACUUUGCUACGACAAGUGUUUUCCAAAUACCUGUGCGGAAGAGCCUGCCUUUCCUGAAAAUUCAUACAUGGAUGUAGCUUUCCUCUUAGACAAUUCCCGUAACAUAGCCAACGAUGACUUCCAAGCCAUGAAAGGAUUGGUGAGCUCAGUGAUUGACAACUUCCACAUCACGUCAAACCCGUCAGCCCCCAACUCUGGUGACCGGGUUGCUUUGCUGAGCUAUCCUCCCUCAGAGAGUUCCAAAAGGAAGGGCAGGGUGAAGACAGAGUUUGCAUUUACAACCUACGACGACCAGUCCGUCAUGAAGAACUACAUCCACACUUCCCUCCAGCAGCUAAACGGAGAGGCCACCAUUGGUCUUGCCCUACAGUGGGCCAUGGAGGAUCUCUUCCUAGGAGCCCCCAGUCCAAGAAAACACAAGGUCAUCAUUGUGAUUUCAGCUGGAGAAAACCACGAGGAGAAGGAAUUCUUGAGGACAGUGGCUUUGAGGGCCAAAUGUCAAGGCUAUGUCAUUUUUGUGAUUUCUCUGGGCUCCACACAGAGAGACGAGAUGGAAGAAUUAGCCAGCUACCCACUGGACCACCAUCUGAUACAGCUUGGGAGGAUGUACAAGCCAGAUCUGAGUUAUAUCGUCAAGUUCCUGAAGCCAUUUGUGUACUUUGUCAGACGCGGAUUCAAUCAGUACCCACCGCCAGUGCUGGAGGCCGACUGCAGGAGCAUCAAUUUAGAGAGGGGAGAUGCGCUGAGCCAUGGCCUCGGAUUGCAUGAGGUUUCUGCAAGCAAAAACAGCCUUGCUGGUCAAGGGCUGAGUGCCGGGAAAGACUCAUCUUUUCUGUUGGAAGGUCAUGGAGGGGACCGUUUGGUUUACAUUCCAAACCAAAUGCUCGAGGCGCAUAAGUUGGUGAGUCACUAUGGAACUGAGCUGGGAUCUGCAGCGACAGCAAGUCUCACUUCCGAGCCCGACAGCCGUGGCAGAAAAGAACUGGGUCUUGCUGACGAGCCUGGGGAUGCUUCUCUUCAAGAAUAUUACAUGGAUGUGGCUUUCCUCAUAGAUGCUUCUCAAAGAGUAGGACAUGAUGAGUUUAAGGAAGUGAGAGAUUUUAUAACUUCAGUGCUGGAUUACUUUCAUAUCACCCCAGCUCCGCUGACCUCUGUCUUAGGAGACAGAGUGGCUGUCCUGACCUACUCUCCUCCAGGCUAUCUGCCAAACGCUGAAGAAUGCCCAGCCUACCUGGAAUUCGAUUUGCUCACUUACAGCACUGUACACCAAAUGAAACAUCAUCUCCAAGAGUCUCUUCAGCAGCUCAAUGGAGACAUUUUUAUCGGGCAUGCCCUUCAGUGGACAAUUGACAAUGUCUUUGCAGGAACCCCCAACCUGAGGAAAAACAAAGUUAUCUUUAUAGUAACUGCUGGUGAAACUAACCCUUUAGACAAAGAAGUUUUAAAGAAUGCAUCUCUGAGAGCCAAGUGCCAAGGCUAUUCCAUAUUUGUAUUUUCCUUUGGUCCUGUACACAAUGACAUGGAGUUAGAAGAAUUAGCAAGCCACCCUCUAGAUCAUCACUUAGUCCAGCUUGGCCGGACACACAAGCCAGAUUUGGAUUAUAUCAUCAAGUUUGUCAAGCCGUUUGUUUAUUCAGUCAGACGUGCCAUCAACAAAUAUCCCACCAGAGACCUGCAAGCCAAGUGUGCUAAUAUCACCUUUGCCCAACCAGAGGAUACUGGCACAGACGACAGCGUAUUCUUCAUCCCUGAGGUGUACAAAAUCGAGGCAGGAGACAGCGAGCUGUUUGGAGACUUGGGUUCUCAGGAGCAGCAUCUCUUCCUACUGGGGGACAAUCACGGCAACCAUUCAGGGACCACAGCUGAUUUGAUCCGGGAGUUGUACACGCUCUUCUCCUCUGGGGAACUGAUGGUGAAUGAUGAGGAAGAGCCACCUUCAGAAGAAACUGUAGCUCCCGUGAAUGACAAACGAGAUGGCGAGGAUGCAAGAUGAAGGCACAGGAGAGAAGAGCACCUGCUGGCAGAGGGACUCCCUGCCAUAGGCACAGGAGCUAGAGCUAAAUCUAGGACGCGGUCCCAAAUCGGAGGGAGAGACUAUUCAGAAUGAAGACAUCAAGGAACAGGCCUGUGAAACGAGGAAUGGGUUUCACCUCUCAGGAGGAAUGAGGAUGCCAAGCAAGACAGGCAACAGUCUCCCCAGGGGCUGCUCUAUUCACUUUGAUCAGUUUGGAUGAUUAGCUGCCGAAAGGAGAUUUUCACCAUAGUUGUCAUCACAUCUGCAUCUCCAAUUAGACCCUCAAGUAAAAACAGUUUGUAACUCGAAUGUCCUGGGAUUGUCUUUUGUCUAUUUAUACAACUGUAAACUCGGUGGGUUUGCUUUACCAGGACAUUUAUAAAGUAACAAAUUCAUAACUAACAAGAUGGGAGGAGAAGCCUACUUUAUGAACUGCUCGCUCGCUUUGGGAACACUUGCUUUCUAUUUUGAUGUGCUUUUGCAUUAUGUGUACUUAAGUUUUGCUGCAAAAAAAAAAAAAUCGUGUGUAUUGUGUGAAUGUGGAAACAAAGCUGUUUUUAAGAAUUACAAUGUGUCAAAACAGUUUCCAAAACAGUUUCCAAAACAGCAACAAUAAACCAAGGCCGACCCAGAAA